AUGAAGGGUUGGGAGACUGGCGUAACACCCACGGCUGACAACCCUGUCGACCUCGCCUUGUUGAAGAAGGUUGACCUGUCGACCGUCGUCCAGAAGUGCCACUGCUGUGGCAACGAGCCUUGGAGACGAAAGCCGCCCCCACCUGAACCCCCCAACCCUGACCACAUCCCCAUAACUGUCAGCCGCACCCCUGGAUCAGGCCUGUUUAUCUGCAUGGAGUGCACCCCACAGAAUACCAGUUCUGGGCGACCCAAAUGCCAACCUGGCAGCGACAAGCCCAUUCCAUACCGCCGCGUCUGGUGCAUCCCCUGCAUUAAGAACAUCGACGGAGCUUUAAAGAGCACCUUCAAGCAGGACGGCUCAUGGGAGCAGAUCCGGUCCAAGUGCUGGCACUGUACCUUAUCCAAGGGCAACUGUCACCCCAAGUGUCCCCAGACUGUGCGCAGCAAGAAGCGGACGGCGGAAGCCCCUCCCACGGCCCCCAAGAAACAACGGACCGUGCUGCUGGCCCCUCCCCUCCCAACUUGCACACAGAUCCAGCGGGACACUGACGUCCAGAAGUUGGCCACAGAGAUCCUGAAACAAAACCUCUUCAGCCCCCAUCCUCAAGCCUUUGUCUACUUCAUCCCCGAUUUCAAGUGUAAGAACGGGACGUUCAAGCUGAUCGUACCCAAGGUGACUAACCCCCCAAAGUUCCCCAAACCGGUGAGCAUGUGCCGCCCGAACCAAACCGACGGCGACGGGGUCCUGCGUUGCCCCACGUGUACCGGGGAAUGCAUCCACAUCCAAGUGCUGAAGCGCGUCCUGGAGCUGACAAAAGCAGGGCGAUGCACGCCCCCCACCACCCCCGAGAUGCAGUUCGGCCACGCGGGACCCCUGAAGCUCUCCAACGGGCUGACGGAGUUCUGGGCCGUUGUGGCGGGGAACGAGAAGUGGGUCAUGGGGGCAAAGAGAGGCGAGGGCUGGGUCUGCCAGGCGUGUCCAAGCAAUCCAAAAUGCGGGCACAUCUCCAAAGUGACCGGCGAACCUGGCGAGGAGCUAAAACUCUCCAAACGCUACGAUCGAGAUUCGGCCAUCGAGUGGCAAGACAUCCCCCUAGAGACCCCAGUCCCUCCCAAGCCUGACGACUUGAACGUCGACGUGUGCGACGAGUGUCGCCAGAAGUACUCGCACACGAGGGCGAUCGGGGAACACCAGUUUGACGGCUGCUCCCACAAGGGAAAGACGGUCCACGUCUGCACUCCUUCCUGUCAACAAUACCCAUGCUCCGAACCUCACAAGGCUACACGGGAGCCUCUGAUUGGAGCGGAUAACGUCGCCACCUGGCAAAGAGACAAGCUGCUGCGGAAGGCCGCGGAGGGGUAUUUUAGCCAGUCACCACCGGUGUUAGAGGAAGCACCCUGUGGUUUCAACUGGCGGAGACGCACGGUCACUGCAACCAUCUACAACGACACGGACUCAGUCGAGGUUGACCUCUGCGUGUGGCACUGUACGAGACUGGGUUUUAACAAGUGCUGCUCCCUCCAACCCAUCCUGAAAGGGUUAUACUUUCAGGCGCCCUCACCCGCUCGUUUCAGUCACCUAGUCCUCGUCCGAGCGGUGGCUGACAUGGUCUACAAAGGCGCCACCUUCCAGGGGAUCGAGCACGUAGCCAAGCUGGAGGCUAACUGGAUGAUGGGUGAGAAGCCGGGGCUGACGCGCCAAGUUCUACAGGGGUACAUCCGUCAUCUUCUCGCCCGCGAGCCCCGUCCCGCACUCCCCCAGCAACCUUCCUCCAACCCCUGGACCCCUGCCAUCAGAGAGCUGUUGCGAGAGCGGCCCGACCUCGCCUGCGAGCCCGCCGACCCUAAAGCUCUUGUCGGCCGGACCUUCUGGAAGCUGUUCCCGGAGGAUCAGCAAUGGUGGCGUGGGCGUGUCAUAGGCCACAUGCUGCACACCAGUGCUUUUGAGCUGUGGCCCAUGUACCAGGUGGUGUACCCUUCGACCCCGUUGAAGGAGAGCGGCAAAGAAGAUCCAAACAAGCACGAGAAGAUGACGUGGCGGGACCUGCAGCACCGACUGAACCCGCCCGAGGUGCCGUUUGUGGGGGAUGACUUUGAUCGGGAGUACUGGGGGCCUCACAAACGGAGCUGGUCCCCACCAGGCUGGGAGGACGAGCCCCCCCCCGCUCCUCAGCCGCCCCAGCUCUCCACCAGCACUGCCCAGCCUUCCUCCCCCGCUCCUGAGCCACCCCAGCCCUCCACCAGCACUGCCCAGCAGCCCUGGCCGGUUUGCCCCGACUAUAAGGCGUAUCCAGAGGCCCUCUACAUCGACUGCAGAGAGGCGCACAUGCGGCACCGCUUCAAAGACCCUGUCUCAGGACAACCUGUCAACCUCUUGCCCAUCACCUACCCCUUUCCCAACCGAGUUGUAACGCCAAACGUCCAUCUAGAGGGGGCAAAGCUAAAGAACACCUUCAAGGGUGCUCCGAAGGUUGUGAAGCAGUCCAAAGUACGCGGUGUCUUGAAGCGGUGGAGUGGUCAUGCGCCCGUCACAAAGCGGUACGUGGGGAGGACGGUCCAGAUCAUCCGCACACCCCAGCCUGCCCCUCUAGACGAGGCUGAUGUGGAGGUACUGAAGAGGCUCCCAUACUGCGUCCGGGCGUUGAUCGAGUAUGUCCACAAACCGGGCGAGGUGCCACCCACAUGCCCCAACCCUGCCUACGCGUCACUGUUCUACCACCUUGGCUACAUCCACAGCGACACAAACCUCCUCGGCUACGACGCUCAGGACGUCAUAGUGCGACUUCUGGUGACUCUCAAGUUAUCUGGAGGCCAGAAGUCCAUCGAGAUCAGUGUCGAGUCUGAUACAAUCCUCCACGUCAACGCACCAUCCCUGCGACACAUCCUUAUGAGCUCAAUGGCUCCUAAGCAGGCGACGAAGGGUUUCGACCUGAGCGACCCGUCCAAGAAGCGGCGAGGCACGGGAUAUAAAGUGUUGGUCCAGACUCUCAAAGUCCUUGCCCCGCUCCUCCAGCACCUCCUUCAUCUGUCCUUUGCAAACAAGGACUACAACACCUCUUCUCAAGCGUCGGCGAUGCUCUGUGAAGCUUUGGGGGUGCCGGUGGGGUAUAUCUGGUUGGAACCCUUCGCCGCCGGAGGCUCUGGUGAGGUUUUGGGAGGGCACCCUGUGACCGCAGACAAGGCGCUGAGUCUAAUCGGGAAGAUCAAGGAGCUGAUGUCCGGCCCGUGCCGGGGUACUUCAGAGGGGGUCCUAGCCGGGGAGGCCUACGUGGUGAAUCAGCACAGGCUGAGCUCCAGCAAUGUCUACCACCAUGUGUUCCGGGACGUCCCCCAGUUCGCAGGGCUCGAUGCAGCUGACGGCAUGUGCCUCGGGGGUGAAAAUUGGGACAAGUGCCUCACGGAGGAAGGACGUAUUUGCAUCCUGCAAGAACAAGGGAUGAAACUCGACGAGGCCGAGGAGAAGGUGGCGAUCAUGUGGGAAGCAAAGAAGAAGGCAGCAAAGGCGGCUGAGGAGAAGAAGAAACCGCCCAAACCCGCGACGGACGAGACCGCUGGGAUCAUGGUCGUCACGUGCAAGCAUCGCUUCGUGUACUACUAUCACGUACUUCUCCGCCACGAGUCUCUACGCGACGUCUUCACCUUCCUCGUCACUCGCUUCGAGCACCGUCCUCCACGUUUCAUCAUCUACGACAAUGCGUGCGAGUUGUCGCGCUACUGUGAAGGGCGCUGGCCGGAGUUCUUCGCCGAGACCACGUUCCUGACGGACCGCUUUCACGGAGUCAAUCACCUGUGCUCCAUCGAAUUCAAGUACCACAAGCAACGCCUGCAGGGGCGUGAGGAAUUUCCGGGGCCAGAUCAAGAUUCAGUGUCCGAGCUGAUCAACAGGCUCAUGUCGCGAUUCGACAAGACGGAGCAAAGGGCGAACAUCAACACGGGGAUGCUGGUUUACGACUACUAUAUCCAGGUUCACAACACAGACCUCUUGGCGAACUGGCCAAAGAUGCGGCAGUCGCAGGGCACCAACAUCCAGGGAUGA